GAAGAGAGAAGAAAAAGAGAGAGAAACUGCAGAAUCAAUUCUCUCUUUUUUGGAUCUCUUUAACUCAUCAUAAUUCCUUUUUGUUUCUCUUCGCCAUCAAUUAUUGUUGCUACAUUUCAUGACACUCAUUGUAUCUUAUCAUCAUUACAAAAUAUUUUUUUUCUCUUGUAAAUUGUUUUUCGGGAAAAUAUGAGUGGGGUUCAAGUAAAUUCAUCUUCAAGAACAAGUGAACGGCAUGAUCAAUCGACUUUGGAAGGUGUGGCUGCAACUGUUAAGUUACUGUUAAAAUUAAUUCAAGACCAUAAUGCGGCGUGCACUAAAGAGAAAAAUGAUGGCCGGAGAAUGCUAAGGGUGGCAGGAAUGAUGACCAUUCUCGAAAAUGUUAGGACAAGAAUUCAAAAGUGCCAAUCUUUUGGCUUGAAAAACGAAGCUGAGCUGAGAGGAUGCAAUGCCGAUCACAAGCCUUGUAAUGUCCAAAGUGACAAAAGGCCUAGUGAACCAAUAAUCGAUGAGAAGUCUAAGUUAAGAAAAGAGCUCAAUGCAAGCUUGGCAGCACGAAAAAGCCUCGAAAUCAUGUGUACUAGCUUGGGAAAGGAGAAAGAGAUUAUGGCAGCAGAGCUAGCAAAAAAGGUUCAAGAAUUGAGUGGAAUGGAGGAACUCACUAACGACCUUAAAGUCCAAAAUGAAACGUUGUCGGAGAAAGUAAAAGAGUAUGCUGCUGAGCACAAAGAGAAGAAAAUUGGUCAUGGAGGAGAGACAAAGGCGAAUGCAGCCCUCCUAGAGCGCAACAAGGCACUUUCAGAGCAACUCCUAAGGUCACUUGACGGGUAUAAAUCCCUAAAGAGGAAGUUAAAAGAAGCAAAAGAGGAAAAUGAAGCAAUUCGCACAACAAUGGAGGAAAUGGAGGUGGAAGUCGGAGCUAGAGUUGAAUGGAUACGUGGAUUCAAACAACACAUUGCCACGAGGAAUGGACAACGACUUGAUAUUGAAAAGGAGAUUUCAGAGUUGGAGAAUGUGUUCGAGUGCCUUGAAUUGAAGGUCUCCGAACAUGGGAAGAAGAAAGGAGAGUGUGUUAAGCCGAAAGGCGAGAUCAGUGCUAGUCAGCCUUCUAUUCUGGCAUGAGAAGAAAGGGUAAGUUAAAACCGUAAGUGUCUGGUACAGAAUUUUCUGCUAACAUUUUCCAUAUAGAUGGAAAAACAGAAAUUUCUAUGGUAUCAAAAUAAAAUAAAAAGGAAUCACUUAUAGGGUAUCGUAAUAGGAGUGACUAGUGAUGUUACACAUUGUUCAUAUGCUAUUGACUGUUCAAUUUUGUAGCCCAUGUACUGUUCCUGAAGAGUUGUAUGAUCCCCAUUUUUGUCUUCUUUGAAGAGAGAACAAAAAUGUUGCACUUCAUCAGUUGAUGUUGCCUUUUGUAGUCUCUCAAUAAAA